UGCCCCCGGGUUGUUCUUCUCAUCUCCAGACACUCAUCAAUCGCUCAGCUUUCGAACUCUUUAAUUUCACUCACUUCAUUCAUCCCUUCAAUCUAUCCUUCAACUAAAUCUUCCAAAAUGGCUGCUUCACAGAACGGAGGCCUUGUCCAUCAACAACUCAUCCCUGCAGACAGCAUCACUGCCUCCUACGAUAACGAAGCUAAGCUUCUGAUUCUCAAGGCAUCUGGCAACCAUGUCAAUAUUGCUAGAGACAUCGCUUUCCAUCGUCUUCCUUUCGACGGUGGUCUUCUCUUUGAGCUGAGCGCCUGGGUAGGCCCAGUCGUUCUCGGGGAGUCACCCUAUGAAAUUACGGAUAGCUUCAACAUCGAGCUUCCCAGCAUCGUUUUCCCAUCCAACACUGUUGUUGUCAACACUGAGAACAAGAAGCAUUGGGUUGUCCCUAUUCAGUACAACAAGACAACUCAACAGGCUGCCACAAAUGGCAAGGCGGAGGUUGAGCUGCCUGAGAUCAAGCAGGUCUCUGGAGACCAGAAGAUUGUCGUCCUUGACGACACGCCCUUUACCAUCCAGCAGAGUGACUCUUUUAAGGGCAAGGGUGGUUCGAUCAACGUUGAUUUCGACAAGAGCUUCGUCACUUUGACUGACGCCCGUAUUGACGAUGGCAAGAUCGAAUGGACUUUCAAUGCUCAACAGACAGGAAAUACCCAAGUUAUUGUCUAUGUCGGCCAGACACAGCCCCCAUUCUUGUAUCGAGUCGUCUACGACGUGGAGAGUGUCGUCCUUGAUGACAAGUCUGUCCCACCCAAGACUAAUGCCUCUUUCAGCGUGAGCAAUAACGGGCAAGGCAGUAGCGGAACAUACGGCGCUACGUCUAACGGACAUAAGAACAGCGCUGGAAAAGUUGGCCUCCCUCUUUCCUGGGAUGGGUUCAUCAACGUCGGUCUCAACCUCAUCAAGAAGCAGUAUCCCAAUGCCAAUCUUCUCGAAGUUGAUGCCACUCCAUUGACUCGCAAGCCUGUCGAGAACGAGUGGGGUCUUGUCAACAACCGUAUUGUCUGCGGUCUCGCCGGCAACAAAACCGCUAUCAUUCAGUCCACUGGAUGGGGCGAGUUUGGAAAGGUCCAGACCAUCAACUCUCCCUUCUUGGGUGAUCAGGUCAUCCCCUGGCCUGUCGCUCUCGAUAUCCAUGAUGCUUUCACUAUCCUCCGAAAGGCAGGAUACAAGCAGGCCAUUUACGCAGUUACUCUGCGCCAACCUCUCUAUCCUGGAGACGAUCAGCCUUUCUAUAUCUUCAACACUGGCAGUGAGUUUAUUGCCGUCGGAACCAAGGACAAGAAGAUCCACAACUUUGGUGUCUCCGAGUACAAUGUUCAGAAAGCUUAAGCUUUCAAUGGUUUCUUCUGUACCACAGAUAGUAUUUCUCUUCUCUUUAACCCAGAACAGAUUUAUCGGGGUUCCCUUCAUUUUAUUAAUUAAUCAACUCUAUAUGUAUUAUCUAGUAAUGCUCUCUAGUGAACGUCUUGAUGGGUGGUUCUUUGAUCUCCUGGUACCAUGGAAC